AUUAACACAUAGGAAACAUGUAGAAGAUAAGCCAAAAAAGUGUCUGACGAAGAAUGCAAAUGAAGUUGAUGAGACUUCAAUUUCUCUUCCUUUUCCUUUUAUCCUUCUUCGGCUGAGCAUAGUAGUCAACAGAGGAAUAGGGAGAGCACUUCCUUCACAUCUCUCGCCUCCCAAUUUUUGGUCUUUACCAGCUCUUCUGAGGACACAUCUCAAUCAGUAGAAAGCUCCAAGCUUUCCUCUAUUGGUCCAAAGCGUUAAUGGGGACAAAUCCCAAUUCACAUUGAGACACCGGAGACGAUGGUGUAAUAACCAGCACCAAAGAGCCAAUAAGCACCCGCCGCCUCCUCCUCCUCCUCCCUCUCUGCUUCCUACUGGGUUUGAUCUUUCCGGGUUUCGACUUUCCGCUGGAAAGGAGGAUGUUUUCUGGCUUGAUCCACGGAUCGGAAGCUUCGAUUCCACCGGAGGAGGCCCGCGGCCCGAGCCUAGUCCUGACGGCGGACCCUAAGCCGCGCCUCCGAUGGACGGCCGACCUCCACGAGCGCUUCGUCGACGCCGUCGCCCAGCUCGGAGGUCCCGAAAAGGCAACUCCAAAGGCUAUCAUGCGAACAAUGGGUGUUAAAGGACUUACUCUUUUUCACUUGAAAAGUCACCUCCAGAAAUACCGACAAGGAAAGCAAUCAGGCAAAGAAUUAACUGAGCAGUCAAAGGAUGCUUCCUACGUUUUAGAGAAUCCAAGCAGCAGUGCUUUAUCUCCAAGAGUGCCUGCUCCUGACGUCAACGAGGGUCAGGAAGUCAAAGAGGCAUUGAGGGUACAGAUGGAAGUGCAAAGAAGACUUCAUGAACAACUUGAGGUUCAGAAGCAUGUGCAAAUCCGAAUGGACGCUUAUCAGAGGUACGUCGAUUCCCUAAUCGCAAUGGCAUACAAGAUAGCAUCAGAUCAAAUUGCUUCAAGCAGUUUCGGCAUGACCGAGCAUGAGCUCACGGAAGGCACCUGAACUAAACACCAGACCAUGUUGAAAGAUCAAGGGAUUCAUCCUCUCGUGUAAACCAACCUUGUUUACAAGAGAUGUACUGGUUGAUGAUGUACCAUGUUCCAUGACUCAAAAUUGCAUGAUUAUGU